AUGGUCGCCGUGCCCACCGCCUGGUGCUCCGUGGCCCUGGCCCUGCUCGUGGCCCUCCACGAAGGCAAGGGCCAAGCACCUGCCUCCCCGGAGCACCCAGCCCCCUCGGCCCGGGCACGAGGCUCCCACCUGCGGCCCCGGCGCUGCUCCUGCAGCUCCUGGCUGGACAAGGAAUGUGUCUACUUCUGCCACCUGGACAUCAUCUGGGUGAACACUCCCGGACAGACAGCUCCUUACGGCCUGGGAAACCCGCCAAGACGCCGGCGCCGCUCCCUGCCAAGGCGCUGCGAGUGCUCCGGGCCCCGGGACUCCGCCUGCGCCACCUUCUGCCAUCGACGGCCCCGGACGACAGUCGCCGCGAUCCCGGGCAGCCGGCGCCCUGCCAACCAGCUCCAGGCUGGCACCACUCGGACCCGCGCAGGAGAGCUCCUCCAGCGCCUGAGGGACAUCUCCACAGCCAAGGCCCUCCUCGCCUCGAGGGACCCCAGGCCCGCGCAGGCCCGCUGGAGGACGCGGUAG